CCAUGGCGGGUUGCUAUUGAAACUCUUCCCGGUGAACACAAACACAGACGAACACAUUACUCUGAGGCUCUCUCUGACACAGGGACAGAAGUUACCGAGCUAAGUGUAGCUAAGCUACACCGGGGGCCGGUGAGCUAUAACUAGUUAACUAAGUUAGCCUCAGCGUAGCUCGCUUAGCUAACUCAGUUACAGCUAGCGACGUUAGCUCAUGUGUUGCACGUCGCAUUAUUGUUUAAGUCUCAUUAAACCGAACGUGAAUAACGUUAAUACCGCGUAUGACAACGUUAUGCACGUGCCAUAAACCAACAGCGUCACACGCGUCACAGCCAGCGGGUCACGGUGUGCGCCUCUGGCCGGUAACUGUCCCUGUGUUUGGGUUCCGCUCUCCUAACGGACGUUUCCGGCUGCACACGGCCCUUCAAGCCGGAGAUAACGAGAUAACGAGCCCUGGCGAUGGCCGAGCCCGCGGUCGACCACCAGAGACGGUUCCAGGCCGCAGUGGACGUGAUCCAUAACCUCCCCAAGAACGGUUCCUACCGCCCGUCAUACGAGGUCAUGCUGCGGUUCUACAGUCUGUACAAGCAGGCCUUGUGUGGACCUUGUUCAGUGACCCGACCCGGCUUCUGGGACCCAGUGGGUCGCUACAAAUGGGACGCCUGGAGACGCCUCGGGGAGAUGAGCGGCGAGAGCGCCAUGGCGGAGUACGUGGACGAGAUGAAGAAAGUGGCUCAGGAGGUGGUGGACUCCAUGCCCACGAACGAGAAGACGGCCUCGCUCCUCCACCACCUCCAGCCGCUCUACCUGGUGAUGGAUGACAUGCCGCGGCCGCCGGAGUCUCUGGUCGCACUCAGAGGAGGUUGCGGAGACAGUGCGCCGGCUGCCGUGGCAACAGAGGAGGAGGAGCAGCCCGGUGCUGAGGAAGAGGGCGGUCAUCCAGAUGAGGAGCUGACCCCGUCUGAGGUCACACGCCUCACUAAUGACUCCGGUGUGUGUGAGGGUUUGGUGGUGACCAGCGACUCGGAGAGCGAGAUCUUCUGCGACUCCGUGGACUCGGUAGAGCAACUCGGCCACGUCAAGUCUCAGGUUCCUCUCGCCACGACCAACGGGUUCCACAACGGCCUCCACGCGCCCCGGGGGUCGCCUCCCGCUCGGCACCUCCAGCUGGAGGGCGGCGGUCUGGCGGUGCGGCAGGUCGGGGCAGGUGGAGGUGGAGAGGGGGCGGAGGAUGGGAAGGGCCCGGGUCCCAACAGGAGGGGGCGGGACAGCGGGCGGGACGGCUCCCGCCACAACUGGAGAGAACCUGGUGUUCCUCAGGGCGGGCCGAGGUGGGGGGGAGGCCCCGGCGGCGGCGGCGAAGGGGCCGGCCGAGGAGGCGGUGCCGGUUCAGAGGGCGGGGCCGAGCGGCUGCACGACGCCCACCUGCAGCAGCAGAUCGUCCUGGUGCUGCGGAGGCUCCGGGAGGACAUGAGCAGCGUGAUGGAGCGGCUGGAGGCGGUGGAGCGGCUGGCCGCCACGCAGGCCCAGGGCUCCGGGUGGAGGCCGUGUCUCCAGUGUGCCGCCGCCAAGCAGGACGAGAGGAUGUGGCUGCUGGACGUGUCGGGUCAGACCGUCGUCCUCCUCCUGCUGUGGCCGUUCCUGGCCCAGGGUCUGGUGGCCCUUCUGAGGAGCGCCCAGCGGAGGAGUCGCCCGUCCUCGUGAGCCGGAGGAGGUGCCCGACCGCUUGCCACCGCCGCCGCACCACGUCCUAAUUCCUAUUUGUUCGGCGGCAAAAAGGAACCAAUCAAAAAUGAAAUCACGGGGAGGCUCCGCCCCUCCAUCCCGCACGCACCGCCGCGAAGAGGCCGGUCGGCUCGGAGGAGAGGAGGCGGAGCCAGAGAUCCUCUCGCUCACCGCGGCACCAGACUGUGUUCACAUCCUUCAGGUGGAGUCAGCAGGACGUAACUUUGUCUUUACGGAUACGUGAAACACUCACCGUGAGCUCAACGAUGACUUUACCGGAGACGUAAACAUACAGGUGUCUCUCUGAGGCGACUCCACGGCAACGCCUCGUCAUCACAUGGGAUCCUGGACCUCGGGUUGUUCCGAACAGUGGACCGGUCUCCUGGGCGUCCGGCGUCUCCGGUGGUCGAGGACACGGACGUGACGUAACCGGGAGGAGGAACCGUCCCGGUGUCCAGCAGGUCGUGGUGUCGAGUCUCGGCGGCAUCAGGAGAAACAUCCAUGUGACGCGCUCCUGUCUUACGAAUUUAAUGUGAAUAAAGUCACACCUACGCCACUGAUGAGACAUAUGAGAUAUUUAAAAAUAAAAGAGGGAACCAGUGA